ACAUGCUCAGCCAUGGGGACAGCCAGCUGUGUCUGUGCGCGUGCAUCUCCGUGGGUGUGCAUCUGAGCCCCUGUGUGUGUGCACGAGAGCUGUGCACGCCUGUGCCUGUGUGGGUGGCUGGUGAAGGACCCAGACGUUCCACCUGAGCUGGCUACGUCAAGGAGCAACCCGAGCUGCCAAGGGCGUCCCGCCGAGCGGCUGCGUGGGGCAGGAGCAGAGGUGGCUGCGGGCUGUGGGCUGUGAGCACCGCGGUGCCUGCCCUGAGCCCUUCUCCCAGCCGGCUGCGGCUGAGCCGAGUGCCCAUGCGGGACCCCCUGGAGCAGGGAGCCGGCGGCGUGUGAGCAGCAGCCCCGAGAUGGCCGGGCAGGGGCCGGGCGCUGCGGCUGCAGGUGAGGGGUGUGGGGAGCGGGGAGCUGCACCAGGGGGUCCUGCGCUGGGCUGCCUGUGCCGGGAGGUCUCUGCCUGCUGGGCAGGACUGUGAGGGAUGCUGCGGGGUGGGGGGCAUGGGGUGGCAGGAGUGCCUUGGGGUAGGGCAGGGGGCUGGGGCCAGCUGAGAGUGUCUGUCCCUGCCCUGCCGGCUGAUGGCAGGGGUCCCAGAUCUCUACAGGCUGUGGGGGGGGUCUCUGGAAGCUUCUCAGAGCCCCUGGCUGCAGGGAGCAGCUGAAGGCAGGAGAGCACGGAGCUGGGGUGGGGGUCCUGGAGGGGACAGGGCCCCCCUGCCUCCUCCCGGAGCCCCCACCCCACUCCCCGCUGCCUGUCUGCCUGUUGUGGCAGGAGGGCACCGGCCAGACGCAGGCCCCGUGGCGGGGAACAGCAGUGCGGAGCCCCCCGGCAGCCCGACCCCCCCGGAGCAGGGCUGCGCCUGGAGCCCCCGCCCCGAGGGCGGCGAGGAGCCCCUGCGGCUGCCCACCUUCUCGCCGGCUGCCCAGGCCCGCGUGGCCGUCACCUUCGCCCUCUUCGCCCUCUCCGCCGGCUGCAACCUGGCGGUGCUGCGGGCGGCGGGGGGCCGGGGGAGCGCGCGGCGCUCCCACAUCCGCCUGCUGCUGCGGCACCUGGCCGCGGCCGACCUGCUGGUGACGGUGGCGGUGAUGCCGCUGGACGCCGUCUGGAACAUCACGCUGCAGUGGCGGGCGGGCGACCUGGCCUGCCGCCUCCUCAUGUACCUGCGGCUGCUGGCCAUGUACGCCUCCGCCUUCGUCACCGUCGUCAUCAGCCUGGACCGGCAGGCGGCCAUCCUGCACCCCCUGGCCAUCGCCCGCGCGCGCAGGAGGAACCGCGCCAUGCUGCGUGCCGCCUGGCUGCUCAGCGCCGCGCUCUCCCUGCCGCAGCUCUUCCUCUUCCGCACCGUCACCCUCCAGCCCCCGCACAACUUCACCCAGUGCACCACGCGGGGCAGCUUCCCCCAGCGCUGGCACGAGACCCUCUACAACAUGCUCAGCUUCACCUGCCUCUUCCUGCUGCCGCUGCUCAUCAUGGUCUGCUGCUACGCCCGCAUCCUCCUGGAGAUCUCCCGGCGCAUGGGCUCCGGCCUCUUCCCCUCCAGGGACGUGCCGUUGCGGUGCUCAGGGAACAACAUCCCGCGGGCACGGCUGCGCAUGCUGAAGAUGAGCCUGGUCAUCGUCUCGUCCUUCAUCCUCUGCUGGACCCCCUACUACCUGCUGGGGUUGUGGUACUGGUUCUGCCCACGGGCCAUGCAGAAGAGGGUCUCGCCGUCCCUUACCCACAUCCUCUUCAUCUUCGGCCUCUUCAACGCCUGCCUGGACCCCAUCACCUACGGGCUCUUCACCAUCCCCUUCCGGAGGGGCUGUGGCUGCCCCUGCGGGCACAGCCCUGAGCCCGAGCCACCCUCCCCGGCCACGGGCUCAUUCCGCUGCUCGGCCUCGUCCCUGCGGGCCCGGCGGGGAGCUGGGGGUGUGCAGGGGCAGCAGGUGCCUGCCGGGCCGGGGCUGCCCGCUGGGGCUGGCUCCUGCCAGAGCAGUGCCCUGUGAGCCGGGGCUGUCCUGGUGCUGCGCAGAGCCCCAGGGGGCUCCGGACGAGGGGACCCGCGAUGGCACAACAGCGAGCACAAGUGAUGGGGGCUCUGCAGCUCUGCUCCUGUGCCCCAA